UACACAGGAUAAUAUAGCAGCCUUUAUGCCUCUCGAAGGUGUGAGGAGCAGAUUUACAGCUGCGACGUUCUCGUUUUAUUUUACAGCAGAAUAAAAAAGUGGAAGACAAAUAAAAACUGUAAGAAUGUAAAUUCUUAGUAAAUUACACUCAUCGUGUCAUUGUGUUUGCGUCCACACUUUGUUCCUCUAACAGGUUGCUUUUCUGAGGAGGCCAUUACGCCGAGGCAGUGAUUAUUUGUGCGUGAGGCAGAAAUGCGAGUCGAUCGGCCCUCGGUGGCUUUUCCUCUCGUCCUCUCUUUAUCUCCACCUUUGUUUCCCUCUGUAGCUCCGCUGCUUUCUGCGGGUGUCUCUGCUCUCCUCCAGCGCUGCAGGGCAACAGACAACGAUUCACAGCGAGUGCCCCGGCCUGUUUUUAUAGGGCUGCACUUUGCUUUGUGUGUCUUUAUAUAUAAAUGUGUGUGUGUGUUCCAGCCUCAUCAGCUUCAUUAGCUUCACGAGGGUCCAUCCGUGAGAGGAUGAGGGGCGGGUGGGGUAUCUGUGUGUAUCUGCUCCAGCCUUUUACCCCCUUCAGCGUCUCCUUGAGCUGCGAUCCGCCCCUCGUGGCCCCCGUCCUGCCCCCUAACACACACACACACACCGCCCCGUGCUCUGCGCUGCCACCAAAAGGCUUGUGAGGAUUUGUCAGCCAGAUGUGACAAGAUUGUCAAGAGGCGGCGAGGAGAGAGGGAGAUCUGAUAUUAAUCAGAGCGUAGCUGGGAGCCAAACUCCCUCAGACUCGGUGUACUAACAUGUUCCCCUCAUUUACUCGCUCUGCGAGCCAAACACUCCCUACGAGUUCCUAACGGGGAGCCACGAGCUGCAGGAAGCCAACCAAACUUUGGCUCGCCUCCUUCUCCUUCAUCUCUUUGUCUGCAAAGAGGCCGCUCUUCUCCUCCUCUCAUGGAUCUGCAGGCUAUCUGCUGCACUUUGGUGAACUGUAACUGUGACAGCUUCAAGCCGGGGAAGCUGAAGAGGAGGCAGUGUGAAAACUGCAAGCAUGGCUGGGUGGCUCAUGCCCUGAGCAAGCUGAAGGUGCACCACAUGUACCAGAGCAGCCAGGUGGAGAUCGUCCACUCCAAUGUGGUGUUCGACAUCUGCAGCCUGAUGCUGUACGGAACGCAGGCCAUCCCCAUCCGCCUCAAGAUCCUCCUGGACCGCCUGUUCUCCGUCCUGAAGCAGGAGGAGGUGAUCCAGAUCCUGAACGCGCUCGACUGGACGCUGCAGGACUACAUACGAGGAUACGUGCUGCAGGAUGUCGCGGGGAAGGUGUUGGACCGCUGGGCGAUCAUGACGUUCGAGGAGGAGAUCGCCACGCUGCAGCAGUUCCUGCGUUUCGGGGAGACCAAAUCCAUCGUGGAGCUGAUGGCUCUGCAGGACAAAGAGGGCCAGGCAGUGCUGGUUCCCAGCACCCGCACCAACUCCGACAUCCGCACGUUCAUCGAGCGAAACACCCCCCGCACGGCUGCCAACCUCUCCGCGUCCAAGACCGAUAAGCUGAGCGGCAACAGCAUGCACCACUUCGAGAACUUCAUCAACAGCAUGGCCUUCAUGCUGCCGUUCCAGCUGCUCGGCUCUGUCCCGGCGCCGUUCCUGGGCUCGCACACGGGGGCGAUGCAACAGCAGCACCAGCAACAUCAGCAGCACCAGCCGCUGUGCCGCGGGCCGAUGGAGCAGCAGGGCCAGCGGCAGGACGUUCAGGGGCGGGACGGUCUGCUCAGGGACAAUCACCCCUCUCUGUCGCACCCGUCGGAGAGCACGCUGCUCAGCUCCGGCGCCAUCUCGUUCUCAGCUGACCUCGACCGAAGUGGAGACAAGCCGACGGACGGCCUCUCCGCCAGCACGAAGAUCGAGGCCGAGGACUUCUCCACCAGUGACAAUUACUCAGACGGGCCCUCCACACCGUGCACGCCGUCCAUCAGCUCCGACGUGACCCAGAUGUCACCGGAGAGCAAACUGCGCUCAUUGGACAGAAACGGGAGCGGCGGUGGCGUCUCGGGAGGCAUCGCCGGAGGAGGCUCUCUGAAGAAGGGUCGUGUGUUUUGCAACGCCUGCGAGAAGACGUUCUAUGACAAAGGCACGCUGAAAAUCCACUACAACGCAGUGCACCUCAAGAUCAAGCACAAGUGCACCAUCGAGGGCUGCAACAUGGUGUUCAGCUCGCUGCGCAGCCGCAAUCGCCACAGUGCCAACCCAAACCCACGCCUCCAUAUGCCCAUGAACCGCAACAACCGGGACAAAGACCUGCGGAGCAACUUGUCCGCUGACGAGAGCUCUGAAGGAGAGAAGAGGCCUGAAUACGGCACCCCCAUCUCCAUCUGCUCUGCAGAGAGCCAAAAAUCGGUGUCCAGCUACAUGGUGAGCCACAUGGACUCUGGCUCCAAGCUCCACAGCAGCUCGUUCCCCAGCAUGGGCCAAAGCGGCAUCCUCUUCCCCAACUUAAAAACAGUCCAGCCAGUCCUGCCUUUCUACAGAAGCCUGGUAACCCCGGCUGAGCUCGCCAACACCCCGGGAACGCUGCCCUCGCUUCCUCUGCUGUCCUCCUCUGUGCCCGUCAAACCCCUCACAGCCCCCGAGCCCUGCACGACUGACCCGAUACCAAAGAAAAAGUCUCGCAAGUCCAGCAUGCCAAUAAAGAUAGAAAAGGAGAUGGUGGAGCGAGACGAGCAGGAUAAGGAGAGCAGCUCCGAGGAUGAAACUCCCUUACACGGCAGGGACAAGGACGAGUGCGACGGUAACAAAGAGGAAGGACGUCUGUGCACAAGACAAGCUGGGGAGGAGAAGGAAGCCAGAGAUGCGUACCAGGGCAAAGACAUGGAGAGAGAGCAAAGUUUGGAGAGAGAAAGGACAGAGAGGGAGGACAAAGACGACGGCUCGAGGCUAGCCGAGACCGGCGUCAUCACCUGCGCGUCCUCCCCCUUCGAAAACAGGCUGAUGGACAAUCACUGUGAUGACAGCUCGCUCUGCCAGGACCCAGAGAGGGAGGACCGCGAGCACGGCCUCAACAAGAUGUCAGAACUCAAGUGGGACGACGGCGAGCACAGGCUGACGAAUGGCGGCGGCCUCCAGCUCACAGAGAGGGAGGCGUCCGAUGGCUGCGGAGAUGACUACGGAGACUCGGGGUUAUCUCACCUCGAUCCCGACGCCGUCCUGCCGCACCACUGUGAGAUCUGCAGCAAGAACUUCAAAAACCCCUACAGCGUCAAGAUGCACUACCAAAACGUCCACCUGAAGGAGAUGCACAUGUGCACGGUGGACGGCUGCAACGCCGCCUUCCCCUCCCGCAGGAGCAGAGACAGACACAGCGCCAACCUGAACCUGCACCACAAGCUGCUGACCAAAGACUCCUUCAGCCCGGCCAACGCCCUCUACUCUCACGCCUCCCUUUGUCGAGACAGAGACUCUGCCGGGCUGGAGUACUGCCAAGAGCAGCGGGACCGAGACCCGCCCCACCGGGAUCCGAGCGGCCAGACCUCCGUCAUCUUCCGAGGGCACAACCGCAUGGGUCUGGUCUUCCCGAUGAGCAAAAUGUCCACGGCUCUGGACAGCGCCGAGGCGUCUCCGGUGGGAGAGACUCAGAGAUUGGGAGGUGGGGAAGGCGGCGUAAGCGGGGAGGAUGGGGCAGUCCUGGACCUGAGCACCUCAUCCUCUGCCCCGCCUCGUGGCAGCGCUCAGUCUUCCUGGGACUCAGACGGAGCCGGCAGCGAGGAAGGGGAGGGGGCCGAGGAAGACGAGGAGGAGGCGCUCCCCGUGGAGGACAGCGAUGAAAGCUGCGAUGGGAUCGGCGUGGGCAGGCCCGGGGGCGACGAGCUUGCACUCGAAGGGGGGAGGACCCUGGGCUGUGGCGAGGGAGGACAAGGAGGGCUUCAGGGAGGUGGGGGUGGAUCUCCAAUAACGUGCCACGUCUGCCAAAAGGUCUACAGCAACAAGGGCACAUUCAGAGCCCAUUACAAGACUGUCCAUCUGAGACUUCUUCACAAGUGUAAAGUCCCCGGCUGCGACACGUCGUUCUCCUCCGUGCGGAGCAGGAACAGGCACAGCCAGAACCCGAACCUCCACAGGAACCUGGCUGUUAGCUCGGGUUCCCCCAUGGAACAGGAGUAGACCUCAAAGGCCAACGUUUACUUUGUCCAAGUUGUUCUUUUGUUGUUUUUCCUGGGCGCGUAAUAAAGAAGGCUCACCCGUUAGCACUUUGGAAACAUCACGCCGUCAUUCAUCCGUUACUGUAGGCGAGAAAGGGACGAGCAGAGAGGAAACCAAAUUCAUUUAAAACAACCAAAACCUGCGCAGGUCAGCCAGUUGGUUUCGGCGUCGUGCUGAUUUAUUUUGGUUUUCCUUUGAGCCCUUUAAAAAAACAUCCGUGUGGACUAAAGUUUUCCUUGUGUUGUCGAAUCCUGCAAGUGUUUUUUCUCUUCCAGUGUUUCUGUCGUCGGACGUCCACGUCUGCCCCGUGAAGCCGUAGUGAAGUAACUCCUACACUCGUCGUUUCACUCGUCCCAGCAAAACAGUCUCUGUUGAAAAGCUAUUGUGUUGUGAGGUAGAACAAUAAGUUAUUGUACGGUGUUUCUAUGAUCUGUCUUCACUGUUCUCUUUGUUGCAAACUGCUAAUGUUGACCAAAGAUUUCUUCUCAGUUCACAGUUGUGUGUGCGUGUGUGUGCGUGCGUGCGUGCGUGCGUGCGUGCGUGCGUGUGUCCGGACCCUUCGUGUUGUGGGAGGGGUUAUGCAGUAUUAAGAGGUCCGCCUGGUCUUCGCCUUCAUCGUUUUUAACAGCAGUAUUCAGGCGUGGGCGUGGCCUAAAACAGUAAAAUAUAUAGGAAUGUUGACUGAAAGGGUGAAAUCCUGUUUUUUGUUGGUGUUUUUGUAAAGAAAUGUUCUCACGCAGCCAGACUUGAUGUUGUUCGCGUGGUUCCUUGCAGUAACCUCACCGACUGGACAAACGGCAGAAAGAUGCCACCUCUGGAGGCAGGAAGGAUGUACUGUGAAAGAGUCAAACACUGAGAAAUAAUCAAGACAAAAUGCAGUUUCUGAAUCUGGCCCUUUGCCCUGAGCACACCUUACACGAAGAGCCGGAAACAAAAUGUUUGAGCUGUAGAUUCUGUGAAUAAUUUGUGCUGAAAGACACCAAAAGAAAAGAAGCUGUGUAAAAUGGAAGAACUUCACCACUAACAUUACGUUUCUUUACGUGAACAUAAACACUGUGUUGUACAUUCCUGAUUUGGUUUACUGUCCUGGUUUUGCUCGGUAUUCUGCAUAUUUCCUUUCAGUCUGUAUUUAAACGCGAUGGCUCAGAUUUAAGGUCGCGCUCGUCUGUUGUUUGGAUUCGUUCAUAUUAAAAAAAGAGCAAAAGCCGAGACAUGUGGAUAGAUGUUCAUGUUUCUUUUGAAUUAAUGUUACAAUAUUCAUUCAGUUAAAUAAAAAGCCAUAUGUUUGCAA